CUGUCCUGCGAUUGACAUUAAAUUUUGUGACAUUUCUUAGCAGAACGACGAACAUGUCAAAUGUAGUUAAAUAAAAACAUAACCUAUUUAUAUUAUUAUAAUAACUGAAUUAAUUAAUAAAUACAGGGACUUAAAGAAAAUAGGUCAAUCAAUAUUCAUAAAUCGGUCUAAAUAUGGCUCUAUGGUCUUGGGGUGCUAACUCACAUGGACAACUAGGUGUAGGUACUGCAAGUGAGCAAGUGGAAAAACCUACCAAAGUAGAAGUGCUCUUAUAUCAGACCAAAAUAAAACAAAUUUCUUGUGGAGGUGGACACACACUUCUGAUAGAUGACGAGGGGAAACUUUACUCUUGUGGAUGGAAUUCAAAACUCCAGCUAGCAAGAGAAACAGAAGUACAUAAUUUUGAAAGAACAUGGGCUUUGAGUGGCAUUAAAUUUACAAAUAUUGUAUGCGGAUGGGACUUCAGCUGUGGAGUAACAGAUGACCAUUUCUUGAUUGUAUGGGGUUCCAAUGCUUUUGGGCAACUGGGUAUACCAUCAACACCUAAAGAAUAUUUUUCAGAUAUAAUGAAGCCAAUAAGACUUCCAGUGAAUGCUGUUCUGGUUUCUAUGGGUCUAAGGCACACAGCUAUAGUUAACUCCAAGGGUGAAGUGUGGACUACAGGAGGAGGCAGGCAUGGUCAACUUGGGUUAGGAAACGAAAUUUUGUCCUCUGACAGGUUCCAGAAAGUGGAUGGUGUGGGUAAAAUUUCUCACAUAGCAUGUGGCCAAAACCAUACAGUAGCGUGGUGCUCUGAGGAGAGAGCACUUUAUGUAUGGGGAGAUAACAAACAUGGCCAGUUGCUGCUGUCUUCAGAAAAAUAUAAAAAAAUAUUCAAACCUAAUAAAAUAGAUAUAGGUAUAAAACAGGGAGUUAAAAAGUUAUUAAGUGGUUGGACUAAUGCGUUGUUAUGGUUAGAAGAUGGUACUCUUAUAGCUUGGGGCAGGAAUAACUGUGGACAGCUUGGCACUGAUAAAGCAGUGCCUUCAGGAACAUUCACACAUAUCAAGUUACCAGAUGGCAGACAAGUGCAAGAUGUUGCAGUGGGAUCAGAGCACACCAUUUGUCUAGCAACAGACAACACCCUGUGGGCAUGGGGAUGGAAUGAGCACUUCAACACAGGCAUUGAUAUUGGCAACAAUGUCCUGCAACCUACUCUAGUGCCUUUAGAAAUAGAUGAAGACUCUAAAAUUACACAAAUAUUUGCUGGUGGUGCUCAAAAUUUUAUCAUAGUUGAUAAUGAUUAACUGUAAACUAUCAAUUUACUUAGCAAUCUGUGAUAGGCCACAAGAUGUUGUUACGUAAACAUGUCAUCAGAUGACUCAUGCUAGUCAAUGCAACAUAAUUUUGAUUACAAUUUUAAAUUGUUUUUAAAUGCAUUUUUUUGCAAAUAUUAUUAUUGAGUUAACUAUUUUACAUGCAUAUUUGAACUUAUUUACUGUGAUUUUGUGUUUUCUACAUAUUACUAGAAUAGGUCUUAUUUGAACAAGAACGCCUUUUCAUAUUAUGUUAUACAGAAAGUAAAUGUAUUUGUUGUUGUGAUACUUACAUAUAAAUAAAACAAUAUAGUAUAUUACAUA